AUGAGUUUGAGUACCACUGCUAUCAAUUACAAGCACCCAGCACCUUUCGAGCGGACCUUGACGGAUGUUGCAAGUUUCGAGAAGGUCAAAUCAGCACAGAGAUCGGUAGAUCAUCAUAUCAAGAUUGUUGUGGUUGGUGACGGUGCAGUCGGUAAAACCUGCCUUUUGAUCUCAUACACGCAAGGAAGGUUCCCAAAAGAAUAUAUACCGACGGUUUUCGAAAACUACGUGACUAGGAUCAGAGGACCGAGCAAUAAAGUGAUUGAGCUGGCAUUGUGGGACACGGCUGGUCAGGAAGAAUAUAACAGGCUACGACCAUUAUCGUACACAGACGUCGACCUUUUGAUGGUGUGCUAUGCUGCCGACAGCAAGACGUCGCUGCACAACGCAGAAGAACUGUGGAUACCCGAGGUUCGUCAUUUCUGCCCCGACACGCCGAUCAUGUUGGUUGGUACCAAAAGCGACCUGUAUGCCUUGGAUCAGCUCGACAAACUGGUGGACCCCACAAUUGCGGAGACAUUGGCGCAGCAAGUAGGUGCGAUUAGCCAUUUCCAGUCGUCUGCCAAGUCUCAUCACAACAUCGACGAAGUUUUUGGUGCCGCUAUGACUGCUGUAUUGCACAGUUCAGCAAGUGAACGAAGAAAAUUCCUACCAUUUGCGCGAAACAAGAAAAACAAAAGGCGGCGCAAACACCGGUGCUCAAUCUUGUGA